AUGGUGAACUCAGUCGAAGGCACUAGGCCACGCCAGACCAGGACGAACCGAGCCAAAGUGAACCGAGCUCAGCUUAAACUAGCGAUUUCAGAUGCUGCCGCAUGCCUGCCCUUUUGUCCGCCUCCUUUGCCUGAAUCAUCACGCUUGUGCAUCGGUCAGCCGGGCCCUCACGCGCUCAAAUCAUCGCUGAGGCCACAAGUUGGCUGUACCGGUGAGUUUGAAUCACUGUCUCAUGCGCUAAUUUCUGAUCUCUCGCUUAGCCCUUAA